CUUCCGAGCACCUGGAGAGAUCUCCCUGCGGGGCAAAAGGCAGGAUUAACCCCUUAUAAAUGCAGAGGUUGCUGCCGUCUAGAAGUGAAGAGGGGAUGAGGUGUUUAAGCCGGUGGGUCAAGACGCAGCAAGUAUUUCGGCUGACCAAGGCUGUGGUGGCAGAGAGCAAAGACCCAUCUGUUGUUUCAUUGUUUGUUUGUUUAUUCCUCCUCCUCCUCACGCCUCUCGCUCCCCCUCCUCCCCCCUUAAAUCCAGGGACCAUUCACGCCUCUUGCAAAUGAGACUUGUGCGAUGCUGAGCGAGCAGCGUGUUGCAUGGCGUGUGUGUGUGCAUGCAUGCGCGGGGGAAGGAUUCGCGGUGCUCAGCGUUUGCCUGUGAUCAGAAGAAAACAGGAUGUGCCCAUAGCUGGAGGAGUGACAAUGCUAGCCGAGUGGGGCUCACCUGCUGGUGAUCUUUGCAGAGGCAUUUGAGGAUUAUUCAGCUCCAGAAGAUCUGUUGCGAGGAAUGCUAUCUCUGCCGUGGCUGAAAAUAGGAGGUGCCUACCUCUACCCGUCUUGAUUGCUGCCACCGAAAGGACUGCUUUGCCGCCACCGUAGGAAAGAACGAUUGCUCCCACCGACAAGGUUAUGAGGAUUAUGAUCACAUGCACAGCUCUGCAUAGCUGUCCACCUGAAGAUGAUGGUGACUCCUUAGAGAAUACAUGCAAACUCCUGGUUAAUCAUCAGCAUUCUGCUCCUUUUAUCUAAAAGAUUUAACUGCUUUUCACCAGCUCUCCGGUUUUGUUCCACCAUGUUGUCUCUACCAGCCUAAACCAUUUCCUAAAAUGAUCCUUUUGCUUUUACUUGCAAUCCUGUUAUUGAAGGAAGAUGUCUGUGGAAAUGUUGGGCUUUUGGUUUCUGCACAGGCCAAUGAAAGAAGGGUGGUUGCACACAUGCCUGGUGAUAUUAUCAUUGGAGCUCUGUUCUCUGUCCAUCAUCAACCAACAGUUGACAAGGUUCAUGAAAGGAAAUGUGGAGAGGUAAGAGAGCAGUAUGGCAUUCAGAGAGUGGAGGCAAUGCUACAUACCCUUGACAGAAUUAAUUUGGACCCCACACUGUUGCCAAAUAUCACACUAGGAUGUGAAAUAAGGGACUCUUGCUGGCAUUCUGCUGUGGCUCUGGAGCAGAGCAUUGAGUUUAUAAGGGACUCUCUUAUUUCAUCAGAAGAAGAGGAAGGGAUGGUGCGAUGUGUGGAUGGAUCUUCAUCAUCUUUCCGUUCCAAGAAACCCAUCGUUGGUGUCAUUGGCCCUGGCUCUAGCUCAGUUGCUAUCCAGGUACAGAACUUGUUGCAGCUUUUCAAUAUACCUCAGAUUGCUUAUUCUGCUACAAGCAUGGACCUAAGUGACAAAACUCUGUUCAAGUAUUUUAUGAGAGUUGUGCCAUCUGAUGCACAGCAAGCACGGGCUAUGGUGGACAUUGUCAAGCGCUAUAACUGGACCUAUGUUUCUGCUGUACAUACUGAAGGAAACUAUGGUGAAAGUGGAAUGGAAGCUUUCAAAGAUAUGGCAGCCAAGGAAGGGAUCUGCAUUGCACAUUCCUACAAGAUCUAUAGCAAUGCUGGCGAACAGAGCUUUGACAAGUUGCUGCGAAAGCUCCGGAGCCACUUGCCCAAGGCAAGAGUGGUUGCCUGCUUCUGCGAAGGCAUGACUGUGAGAGGGCUCUUAAUGGCUAUGAGGCGCCUGGGACUCGCUGGAGAAUUUUUGCUGCUGGGCAGUGAUGGCUGGGCAGACAGGUACGAUGUGACAGAUGGGUAUCAGCGUGAAGCCGUUGGUGGAAUAACGAUCAAGCUCCAGUCUCCUGACGUGAAAUGGUUUGAUGAUUACUACCUGCAGCUUCGGCCAGAAACCAAUCACCGAAACCCAUGGUUUCAGGAAUUUUGGCAGCACAGGUUCCAGUGCCGUUUGGAAGGGUUUCCUCAAGAGAACCCUAAAUACAACAAGACUUGCACAAGCCAGAUGACUCUGAGGACACAGCACGUUCAGGACUCCAAGAUGGGCUUUGUAAUCAAUGCGAUAUACUCAAUGGCAUACGGCCUCCACAACAUGCAGCUGUCGCUGUGUCCAGGCUAUGUAGGCCUCUGCGACGCCAUGAAGCCCAUUGAUGGCCGGAAGCUCCUGGAGUCCCUCAUGAAGACCAACUUUACUGGGGUCUCUGGGGACAUGAUCUUGUUUGAUGAGAAUGGCGACUCGCCGGGGAGAUACGAAAUCAUGAAUUUUAAGAAAAUGGGCAAAGACUACUUUGAUUAUAUCAAUGUUGGCAGCUGGGACAAUGGUGAGCUGAAAAUGGAUGAUGAUGAAAUAUGGUCAGAGAAAAAUAAUAUCAUCAGAUCUGUGUGCAGUGAACCCUGUGAAAAAGGCCAGAUAAAGGUGAUCCGUAAAGGAGAAGUCAGUUGCUGUUGGACCUGCACCCCUUGUAAAGAGAAUGAAUAUGUCUUUGAUGAAUACACAUGCAAAGCCUGCCAGCUCGGCUCCUGGCCCAACGAUGAACUUACAGGUUGUGACCUCAUCCCAGUCCAGUAUCUCAGAUGGGGUGAUCCUGAACCAAUUGCAGCAGUUGUUUUUGCAUGCCUGGGUCUGCUGGCCACCUUGUUUGUUACAGCUAUAUUCAUAAUGUACCGUGAUACUCCAGUGGUCAAAUCAUCCAGCCGAGAACUUUGCUAUAUCAUUCUAGCUGGCAUCUGCUUGGGUUACUUGUGCACUUUCUGUCUCAUCGCAAAACCUCAACAGAUUUACUGUUAUCUUCAACGAAUUGGCAUAGGUCUCUCCCCAGCUAUGAGUUAUUCUGCUCUAGUAACUAAGACCAACCGCAUUGCAAGAAUCCUGGCUGGCAGCAAGAAGAAAAUUUGUACAAAGAAACCUAGGUUCAUGAGUGCCUGUGCCCAACUGGUUAUUGCAUUUAUUUUGAUAUGUAUACAAUUAGGCAUAAUUGUUGCCCUCUUUAUAAUGGAGCCACCUGAUAUAAUGCAUGAUUACCCAAGCAUCCGGGAGGUCUACCUGAUUUGUAACACCACCAACUUGGGUGUUGUAACUCCCCUUGGAUAUAAUGGAUUAUUAAUUUUGAGUUGCACCUUUUAUGCGUUUAAGACAAGAAAUGUCCCAGCUAAUUUCAACGAAGCAAAGUAUAUUGCCUUUACAAUGUAUACCACCUGCAUCAUUUGGCUGGCUUUUGUGCCAAUAUAUUUUGGAAGCAACUACAAGAUUAUCACCAUGUGUUUCUCAGUGAGUCUGAGUGCCACGGUGGCCCUUGGCUGUAUGUUUGUGCCCAAGGUCUAUAUCAUCCUUGCUAAGCCUGAAAGGAACGUACGCAGCGCAUUCACCACAUCAACUGUGGUCCGCAUGCACGUAGGGGAUGGAAAGUCAUCUUCGGCUGCAAGCCGGUCAAGCAGCCUGGUGAACCUGUGGAAAAGAAGGGGAUCAUCUGGUGAAACCCUUAGGUACAAAGGCAGGAGACUGGCCCCGCACAAGUCGGAAAUAGAGUGUUUCACCCCAAAAGGGAGUAUGGGGAAUGGUGGGAGAGCUACAAUGACCAGCUCUAAUGGGAAAUCUGUUUCCUGGGCCCAGAAUGAGAAAAGCAGCAGAGGAGCACACCUUUGGCAGAGGCUAUCAAUCCACAUCAACAAAAAAGAGAACCCCAAUCAAACUGCAGUGAUCAAGCCUUUCUCAAAAAGCACAGAUAGUAGCCGACACAGUAGCAGUGCUACAUUUCCCGAGUCCAGUGCCAAAACGCUUUAUGAUGUUUCGGAAGCAGAAGAGCAAUACCCAGCUCAGUACAGACCGCAGACUCCCUCACCUGUCAGCACCGUGAGCCACAGAACUGCUUCUGUUAGCCGAACAGAAGAUGAUGUCCCUACUUUCCAGUCAGAGCCUCCUCAGCGAAGUAGCUCCUCUCAAGGCUCCCUCAUGGAGCAGAUCAGUAGCGUGGUUACUCGUUUUACAGCCAAUAUCAGCGAGCUGAACUCUAUGAUGCUUUCAACAGCCACUCCAGGGACAAUGGUGGCCACUCCUCUCUGCUCUUCAUACCUGAUUCCACGGGAAAUCCAGCUCCCUACAACGAUGACCACAUUUGCAGAGAUCCAGCCGCUUCCUUCCAUUGAAGUCAAUGGCGCUUCACAGUCAGCCAGGAAACCUUCAAAUGACAGCGUCAAAGAAGGCACCUCAGAGACCCCAUCAGCAAAGCAAGACCUUGAGGAGCUGGUAGCUUUAACUCCUCCUUCUCCUUUUAGAGACUCCAUUGAUUCUGGAAGUGCAUCUCCCAGCUCUCCAGUUUCUGAAUCAGCUCUCUGUAUCCCAUCCUCCCCAAAGUAUGACACCCUCCUCAUCAGAGAUUAUACUCAAAGUUCUUCUUCGCUGUGAAUGUAAUUCAAGAAAACGUUGGAUCUCAAUGACUACAAGCAAGUUGUGAGGGGACAAGCCGAGCCUUCAAGAUCUCCAGUGUUUACUCAGAGUGAGAGGCAUUGGGUCAUCUUCUGAGAAACAGAGAGGAAGAAGUGGAGUUACUUGAUAAGUGGAAACAUCAGAUUAAUGAUGCUGUUUUAAAGACAAAAUGACUCUUGGCAGAUUAUCGUGGCCUUAAAAAAACAUGGGCUUUUCAGAAACACUGAAUCUAUUUUUGAGGGCUUAUAAGGAGUCUGUUAAAUCAGUUACAUACCAAGUGCUUUGCUUUAGUAUUACAAUGAACUGUGUGUACAAUAUAUAUGGGGGAGGGGGGAAAUUAGAUUGUAAACAACUGUACAAUGGUUUGUUUGUUUACUCUGAUUCCUUACCCAGAAGUGAACCUUGAUCUUUUAUCAAGAAUAGAAGACCAAACAUUGAAUGUACAUUUUCUAACAGACUCAAAGACUCAAAUCUGGGACCAACCUGUCAAGCUUUCUUUCUUUUCUUUUUUUUUCUUUCUUUUUUUUUUUUCUAAGAAGAUCUCAAAAAGCAGUAAUGUAUGUUCAAUAACUACAAAACAUUUUGCUGAAGCAUAUUGUGUCUGUGAUACGUUAUACGUGGAUAACACUAAGCUGAGGCUUUGCAGUGAGUGACUGCAAUAUGGAGGGUUUUACAAGUGACUUCUCAACUACACGUUUGUUUAUGAAAUUCUCUUCUAUCAGUAUUGAAAAAAAAAUCAAUUUGUGAACAUUGGAUUCACCUUCACAGCAACAGAACCCAAGGAAGAUUUCCUGACUAUUUCACCAUGUUGCCAACUAAUAACGAAGUAGCAAAAAAUAUUUUCUGGAGUACUGUUUUGUAAUUCCCAUAUCAGGGCAAGUUGUUGUGGUGAAUAUUCUCUUUCUAGCAGCAUUACCAAGCUAUAUUACAGCUGCACUCCCUACUGAAAUUAAUACAUUUUUAUGGACGUUCUUGUGCUAACAUUGCCAGUUAAAACACUUAUUCGGGCUCCCAUAGUCUUUGCUUGUAAGGAACAGGUAAACACUCUAAGGAUUUUCUCCAUCUUUUUGAAUGACAGAAUUCUAAGAGACCAAUAUGGAUUAUGAUGAAUGUUAACUGCCAGUGGAAAUGUUGUCAUAAUCAUAAUUUAUAUGCAGAGAAAAAGCCUGUGUCAAAAUCUGCUUAGAGGUGGUUUAGCUACUCUUUAAUAAGCAACAAUUUUAACUUUAUUUAGCUGCUGAUGCCUUGCAGCUAUGAACUGUGACAAAAAUAAAAAUAAAAAAUAAAAAUAAUUAAAAAAAAAAGACUUUCAAAGCAAUACAGAGUAAAGGUUAAAGCAGAGAAGACCUAAUGAGAUAUAAAUGAACGGAGUCCUAUUUUUUCCUAUAUGAAGGUAGUACAGUUUAGUGCACUUCAUACUGUCAUGGGACUUUUUUGAUAAAGGCAGGGAAGGGAUUUAAAGUUUGAAUAGAAGCUGAAUAAUUUUUGUUAGGUGUAGUUAAGUAGAACUGGUAAGUCAGGCCCUAAACGCACACUGUAUUGGCUUCAUGACACUACUUCACGACACAACUGUUCUCAGGUGCCAAACUUUUAUGGGUUUGUUUUAUUUUAAUUAAGGAUAGUAUGAAGUGGUGAGUAACAUAGUUCAGUUCAUAGUUGAGUUGACACAGCCUUAUACAGAAGACAGCUUCAUGGAAAGAAGCCUUGAAAUAAGGCUUCUUUGUUUCUUUUCAAAAUAUUUAGAGCUUAUUUCUUCAAAAAUAUUAAUCAAAAUUCAUAUAUAUUUUCUCUCCCCCAAGUCCAAAAAAAACACAAAUAUUUGAAAUAUUUAAUACAAAAAAAAAAAAAGAUAAAAAAAUGAAAGCACAUUCACAUACUUUAGCAACAUACAUUUUCUGUUCCUUUUGAAGUUAGUUUCACCAUUAUGUGUUGUACUCCAAUUUGCUUCUCAACAACAUUAAAAAAAAGGACUAGAUGAAUGAGUCCAGGCUAACACCUCAAAGACAUACCCUAAGGAUUCUGUACAUCCUGCACAAGGCAGUGUUAUCCAAUAUCUAGUGUAUGAGCAUGUUUAUUUUGCCAGGUACAGUCACUUUCUAGCUUUGCCUAUAGCAUGAACCAGCAGGUCACAACCCAGCUCUAUUCUGGAAGUCAGGUAGAUACAAGUUAUGAUUAUAGGUCCUUGUUCCUUACCUUAUUCUCAUUUCCUAGCACAAGUGAUUAGCAUAGAAUCAGUUCUGUGCAGCUGUAUAGUUUCCAGACCAGAGCUUGCUUUUGCCCUCCUGGUUCAGAGUACUAGCAUGUCUCACCAUUUUCUAGCUGCCCACAUCUUUAGGAGAAAGCAUCUUCUUUCAUAGGUUACAACCCACGUUUAAGGAAAGGGCAUACCCAAUCAGCCUAUGACACAAACAUUCUCAUAUAGGGAGUCUAGACCACUUAAAUGUUGUUCAUGGCAGAUUCAUAUGAUAAUGUAUGUUUCCCAUCAGUGCUAUAUUUUUUUGAUAUAUGUGGACUGUGAUGAGAUAAUUAAUGUGAAUUUCAAAGGAAUUCUAAUUGUACACAUUCUCUUAUACUUCAAGCUGUUCACUAAUGUCCUUACUACAUCCCUCUUCAACCUGAACUUUCCCUAACCUUAUAGGUCCUCAUUUCUGAAGUCUUCUCUUUUGUUGGUAGACACUUACUUAUCCUGCUAAGAGGAAAUAAGUGGGCUUCACUGCACUGUGAAAUAAUGAACAGUGGAAAUAAGGAUUAUACAGAGAGAUGUAAAAAAUAAAAUAAAAUUAGUAAAAAGGAGAGAGAAAUAGAAGCUGUCAAACCAUGACACAGCAUAAAUAUACCUCUUAUGCUACCAAAUUGCAAUUCUGCACAAUCCUGGCCAUAGCUAUUGCUCAGAGAUUCUUGACAACUUUUGUCUGUAAUGCCAAGAAGAUAUAUUUAUGCAUGUAUGUGUGCAUAUAUAUACACGCACACAUACAAAACAAUCUAAUGUCUGAGUACAUAUUUUCAGAGGCUAGAACCCUAGUGUUACACUACCAAAUUUCAAACACUUGCUUACUCUCAUUUUUGGGAAGAGUUCUGUAUCUUUUGUAUAUCUAUCAGCCAGAGCAGAAAUUUUAAUUGCACAAGGAACCCAGGAUGGACCCUGCUGCAAUAGUACCUCUGUUAUCAGUCUAUACUCAAUGAAUGUUAGGUCAGCAUUAGCUGCUUCUUAUGAAGAAGUUAGAAUGCAUUUCAAUUGUACACACUGGAAUGUGAUGACUUUACUUUAAAAAUGUUUGGAUUUUGCCAAAGGGAGGAAAAAUUUCUGGAGGAAGAAAAUAACAAUCAUGUAUUGAACAUAGCAGUAAUGUGCCCAGUAGGAGAUUUGCAAGACUGAAAAGUCCUAUGAAAGAAACCAGUGAGUUUGAUACAAGAAAGAAGAAAAUUAUGAGUGACAGACAUUAUGAUUUCAUUAUGUUGUUUGUAUGCUACUCUCGUUUAAGGACAUUAAGAUUUAAAAAAAAAAAAAAAAAAAAAGCAAGGUUUUUCAUCCAUUAAAGUAU